GUUCUGUAGCGUUGAGUUGCUGGAGAGCAGCGUAAUUCUCAGUGAAGACACACUGGACAUUGGGACAGCGCAGAUCAAGUGGACUUUAGUGAAGAGAACGUUCCCAUCUCUGAAAUGUCUUUACGCGCACAUUCGUCCUCCGAAAUGCCACAAAAGUUUGCUUUCCAUCACUAUACUUGGAUAAGUUCACGCCGGCUCUGUGUUUAGGCGCAUAUUUCUUGGCUCUCGUGCCCUAGUCGCCUUGACCACUUAAGAGCAAGCGCUCACAUAUACCGGACUGUGGUGGGUCUUUGCACGCGUGCUUUCGCUCGCUUAUUUAAGCUCAUAUCUCGUGGAAUGUCCUGUAACACUGUCUGUCUGUGAUUCUGGGCAGGAUUUCCCCCCUCUCACACUAUUUUUGGAAGAUUUUCAAAGAGUGGAAGUGAAUUUUGAUUGGGAAAAAUCUCGUGUCAGACUGUUUACAAGCGCCGCGUGCGCGUAUACCCACUGCCAGCAAAUAGAGCACGAUAGUCGCUUGUGUGAGGCUAACAUCGCAGAGCAAGGAAUCUGCACAUAAAAAUUAUUUGUAUUUUAAACUUAAGCUUUUCUUACAUUUGAAUCAAAAACGAUUCUGACUGACUCGUAUGGGCUUUCGCUUAAAAGCAGUAGGAAGCGAUUUUACGCUACGCUCUUUGCGUUUUGUGUGCAUUUGUACAAGGGGGUACUUAUACCUGAUUUUUGUCUUAAAUGUCGGUGACAAAGCCGAGCCCCUGUCUGCCGUGGUCUCGGAGGAGAGGCAGGAACAGCGCGGGCUGGUUCAGGUAGCUCCAGAGGGAGACCAGGACCUGCUCACCUGUGGCCAGUGUCAGAUGAACUUCCCUUUGGGAGAAAUCCUUAUUUUCAUUGAGCACAAAAGGAAGCAGUGCAAUGGCACUUUUUGCAUGGACAAAGCAGUGGAUAAGCCCCCAUCGCCCUCGCACGGUGACCUGAGGAGAACUUCCAACCCUGUGGAGGUGGGCGUCCAGGUCACGCCGGAGGACGAUGACCGCUUAUCAACGUCUUCUCGAGGAAUCUGUCCGAAACAGGAAAACAUUACAGGUAAAGAUGAGCCUAGCAUCUACACUUGCACAACCUGUAAGCAGCCGUUCAGCAGUGCCUGGUUUCUGCUGCAACAUGCCCAGAACUCUCAUGGCUUCCGCAUCUACCUUGAGAGUGAGCACGGAAGUCCGCUCACACCCCGUGUGGGAGCUCCUUUGGGAAUGGGUGCAGAUUGCUCCUCUCAGCCCCCCUUGCAUGGCAUCCACCUCCCAGAGGGAAGCCCAUUUAACCUUCUGCGAAUACCCAACUCUGGACGCGAUGGACCUCCUCUCCGAGAGGGUCGGUUUCCCCCUACGCCACCUCUCUUCAGCUCUCCACCCCGCCAUCACUUAGACCCUCAUCGCAUGGAUCACCUGAACCAGGAGGAGCUGACUUUGGCCACCCACCACCCGAGUGCCUUUGACAGGGUGCUGCGCCUGAACCCCAUACCAAUGGAUCCCCCAGCUAUGGACUUCUCUCGUAGGUUGAGGGAACUGGCUGGUAACACCUCAGGGUCAACUCCUCCUCUCUCACCCAACAGGCCCAGCCCUAUGCAAAGGCUACUACAACCAUUCCAGUCAGGAACUAACCCACCCUUUCUCUCCACCCCUCCUCUACCUUCCAUGCAGUCCCCCUCUGGUUCCCAGUCCACCCCGACCCCUCUUACACAACAGCCCAACACGCCCAUGAAGAGCAAGUCUUGUGAGUUCUGUGGGAAGACCUUCAAAUUCCAGAGUAAUUUAAUCGUGCAUCGACGCAGUCAUACGGGUGAGAAACCCUACAAGUGCCACCUGUGCGACCAUGCCUGUACGCAGGCCAGCAAGCUAAAGCGGCACAUGAAGACACACAUGAACAAGUCAUCGCCCAUGACGGUCAAGUCCGACGAUGGCUUGUCCACAGCCAGCUCCCCUGAGCCUGGAACCAGCGAUUUGGUGGGAAGUGCCAGUAAUGCCCUCAAGUCUGUGGUAGCCAAAUUCAAAAGUGAAAACGACCGUCUGAUUUCAGAGAAUGGAGAGGAAGAAGAGGAAGAGGAAGAGGAGGAGGAAGAAGAGGAGGAAGAGGAAGAGGAGGAAGUUGAGGAGGAGGAACCGGAGAGAGAUGGAGGUAGAAACAACUACCACUUCAGCCUCAACCUCAAGGCUGCACGGCACCACGAGAACAACGGUGGACGUCUAGGUGGGGGCGAGGACGGGAUCCCACGCUCACUGCCUGAGGUUAUGCAGGGCAUGGGCUUGGCUGCCAGCAUGCAGCACUACAGUGAGGUGUUUCAUCAACACAAGCGAGGAGCCCUAAACUCUGACAAUGAUGCACAUAGGGACAUGUGUGAUGAGGACUCAGCUCUGGAAUCAGACAGAGUGGACGAGGGCUGUGGUUCAGCUAUCAAUGGUCGAGGCUCAUCCCCAAAUGAGUCGGCCUCUGUUGGUUUGUCCAAGAAGCUCCUACUGGGAAGUCCAAGCUCACUUAGUCCUUUCUCCAAACGAAUCAAGCUGGAGAAGGACUUUGACAUCUCCACCCCAACAAUCCCCAACACUGAGAAUGUCUAUUCCCAGUGGUUGGCUGGCUAUGCUGCCUCUCGGCAGCUGAAGGACCCCUUUUUGAAUUUCGGGGAUUCCAGACAAUCACCUUUCGCCUCGUCUUCAGAGCACUCCUCAGAGAAUGGAAGCCUCCGGUUCUCUACACCACCAGGGGACUUGGAUGGCGGUGUCUCGGGCCGCAGCGGGACUGGUAGUGGUGGCAGCACACCACACCUUGGGGGUCCUGGUCGGCCCAGCUCAAAAGAUGGCCGACGCAGUGACACCUGCGAGUACUGCGGCAAAAUAUUCAAAAACUGCAGCAAUCUGACAGUGCACCGGCGCAGCCACACGGGUGAGAGGCCUUAUAAGUGUGAGCUCUGCAAUUAUGCCUGCGCUCAGAGCAGCAAGCUAACACGGCACAUGAAAACACACGGGCAAGUGGGCAAGGACGUUUACAAAUGUGAAAUCUGUCACAUGCCUUUUAGUGUGUAUAGCACCCUUGAGAAACACAUGAAAAAAUGGCACAGUGACCGCACAUUGAGUAACGAAAUUAAAACUGAGUAGCGGUGGAGUGUGGUGGCUCACUUGCCCCAUUAACAGCAAAUAACACCCCACUACCAUCCUCAUCCUUGUAGAUUUCCCUGUUUCGCUAGUCCAGUGGCGGCUAAGACAACGUGCUUGGCACCACCAGCACACCCUUUUCAUUUACCGUUGAAUGCAUGAUCUGUAUCGGGGCAAUACUAUUGCAUUGACGCAAACUUGGAGCCUUUCUCUUGUGCAAUAAUUUACAUGUUGUGUACUUUUUCUUUGCCAUUUUGGAAAAUUUGACAGCAUGCAUGAUAUAUUUUGGCUAAUUUUAAAAAUAAAUUGUCCCUGGUUGGUUAGUUGUUUAGUAAAUGUGUUGCUGUUUUAUCGUUCAUUAUUUUGAAUUUUUUUUCUUUAUUUUUCUUUUUUAAGAUCAAAGAAAGAGAAAAGAAAAAAACAACCAUGCUGCAUACUUUCUGUAAUACAUAUCAUGUACAGUUUUGUGUUGUAACAUGGAGGACUACAGGCUUCCGCUUAACCCUCUUUGGAUGGGCUGGAUAUAUCGCACUUAAAUUAAUCUUUCAAAGAGAUGUUCUGUCCAUAUAGGGUUAAUAUACUAAUGGGCCCCAAUUACAAAAUAAAAGUAAUGACAGCCUUUGAAUUUCUUAAAAAGGAAACAUUAAGAUUUGAAUUUGUACUAUCAUUUGGUAAAACAAACAAAAAGAGUGCCUUGGAUAUCUUGAAACUGCAUUGGUUAAUCUCAUCUGCUGUUAUUCUGGAGUCUCAGCUAGAUACUACAUAAGGAUCAAUUGGAUCCUCAGAAGGUUCUUGCAUCAAGUACCUGACAGCUAUAGUCAAAACUGACUUUAGAGAGAAAUAGUAAUAAUCAAAAAGCUAAGGAAAUUUCUAAUUAUCAUCAUUAUUCAUCAUUAGGUAUCUAUGUAAAAUGUAUCCCUACAUUGUGUUUUAUGUCCUGGGCAUGGCACAUGCAGUAUAUGGUGUGGGAUUUAGCCUUGUUUACUUCGUCUAUCUGAAGGUACUGUACUUGACGGUACUAGUUUUCUGUCCACAAUCAUUUGACUUUUCUGUGUUUGUUCAAGUCUUCUCUUCAGUAGCACAACAUUUUGAUGUUUAUUUUAUGACCAUUGUUAGUGUGAACAACCAUGGCGAAGGAACACCUGAGGGCAUUUGGAGCAGACUAAUGUAAUGUACACUUGAGAAUUGGUUAUUAAGAAAGCAUUGAAAUAUUUGCAGCUGUCAGUGAUGAUUAACCAUGAAUUGCCUACAGGUCUGAGUCAAAAUCUUAUUUCUUUAUUAUUGCCUAUGUCUGAGCUCCCUAAAAGACUAAAUGAACCUGAAAGACCGACGAGAGAGAGAGACAGAGAGAGGGAAAACCAUACACGUCACUUUUGUUCCUUUGUUUUAUGAGUUUCACAAAUAGUGUGGUAUAAGUUGACAUUCAGAGGAGAUUUCAUUGUUGCAUUAUGACAUUGAUGACUUUAGACAAUGUUUUUUGAUGUUUAGACGGCACUUGAACUCUGUCCUUUUUUAUAUUAAACAUGCUAUUUGGAAGUAUAGUAGUUAAAUAUAAAUUAAGAUUGCUUGCUUGUUGGACAACGAAGUGCACUGUUAAAGUUUCCCAGUUUACAGGUAUUCACGAGAGGGAAAACUUCCUAUUGAAUCAAACAUGGUGUCAUUAUUUAAUGUAAAAAAGCCAACUCCUCACACCUCAUGAAGAUAAAGCCCAACUCCGAUAUAAUAUUAUUGUGUCAAAGCACACAGUGCUUGACAAAGUAUGGACAAAUGAAACUUGCUGCUUUCACUGCAAGAAUUUUUUUGUACAAAUCUUUUUUUAAGUAUGAAAAUAAAAUGACUUUUUAAAAAAGUAACAUUUCAUUAUCUUAGGGGAAACUGUAUUUAAGUUUGUUGUUUCUCUUUUCCUCUUUGUCUUGGUGAUGUUCAAGACUUGAUCACAAUAUAUAUAAAAUGGGAAAAAUCUGUGAUUUUUUUCUGCUUUUUCUUCUUUUUUUCAUUUUGGCUCUUCACAGCUCUUCAGGUCAAAUUUGCAUUGGGGAAAGGUUUAAGAUUAUAUAUAAAAUAUAUAAUAGAGAAACAUAAUUAUAGGAAAAUGCACAUCAUGUCAGUUCCUAUGCUAAAACACAUUUAUGGUCUACUUUCUUCUGUAUUUCUAGAAUGGUAUUUGAAUUAAAUGUUCACCUAGUGUAGGUACCACAGUAUUUAUAUUGAGGCUUGUAUUUUUAACUGUUGCUUGUUCUCUCAAAAGGUAUUAUUGUACCUUUUUGGUAGUGGAAAAAACAACAAGCUGCCACGGUAUAUUUUUUUUAAUUUGGCAGGAUAAUAUAGUGCAAAUUAUUUGUAUGUUUAAAAAAAGAAAAUCAAAUUAAAAAAUUAAAGUAUGUGGCAUUGUACAAAGGAGGCCAUUCAAUGGUUUCCCCAAGGAGUCUUUUGAGAAUGUCCACACUAGCUAAAACAGGUGGUUGUACAUAUCUUUUUUCUGUUCUUCUUUUUAAAAAUCUCCUGCUGCCAUUCUGUAUGCAGUACAGCAAGCUAAUGUUGGGUUUUUCUGUAGUGUGCUUCUGUCUUUUCACCCGUCUCACCUGAAUACAUUCCAGCAUCUUGAAAAAAAGCUAACGUCAUAUGCAGUAAACAAACAAACAAACAAAAAAAUCAUUCAAAUAAAUGAAUUCAAAUAAUCAA